AUGGAAACGGAUAAAUCAGUAAUUAUCGAGGAGAGCCCGCACGCGGGUAGAAUAACCCUGCGGAUUCCGCCGUUCUGGCCAGAAGAGCCGGAACUCUGGUUCGCACAGUUAGAAGGUCAGUUCGAACUCUGCCGAGUAACAAGCGACCACGAGAGGUACAUCCACGCUCUUUCCAAGAUAGAGCCUAAACAAGCGAAGGAGGUCAAGGAUAUUAUCAUAAGCUCUCCAAGCAGCGGAAAAUAUGAAGUCUUAAAAAAGGCAUUAAUACAGAGACUGACAGACUCACAAGAGUUUAAAAUACGCCAACUACUAGAAACUGAGGAGAUGGGAGACAGAAAGCCAUCGCAGUUCCUACGGCAUCUGGCAACCCUCGCCGGGACUGCCGUCUCGGAAAAGCUACUGCGCAUGUUAUGGCUAGGACGCCUGCCGGCUCAGACCCAGGCCAUACUGGCGACACGAGGCGAGGAUAACCUCAACAGCGUAGCGGAGCAGGCCGACCGGAUACAUGAAGUCAGCGAUAAGACGAUGGUCCAAGCUACGAGCGGACCGCAAUCAACAAGUCCGGCGGCAAACACGCUAGAGGAACUACAAAGACAAAUUGCCGCCCUCACGACAAAAGUGGAGAAGAUGACCAGCGCGUGGCAAAAAGGCAGGCCUCGGAGCAAAUCAAGAAACCGGUCCGGAAGUAGGAAGCACCACCAGGUCUGCUACUACCACCGACGUUUCGGAGCAAAAGCACGCAAGUGUGAACAACCGUGCCAUUUCGUGGCAGACGAGAAGAGCACGGAAAACACGCAGGGCUCUCAAUGA